AUUAAUAUGAUGUAUACAAAUAUAAACUGGAUUUAUGUUACGGUGAACCGCAUAACAGCACAAUAUUCUCUACAGUUUGUAUAAACCUUCUUUGUUUUGGGAUGAAAUGGUGUCUUUUAGCUACAGAAUAAGAAAGUAAAAGGUGCAAUCUUCUUCUUUUCAUGUUUCUUUCAUAUCGUUUUGCUAUUUUCGUAAAAUUUGCUACUGACAAUGUGUGAACUUUAGUCAAGGUCAUCAAUGUUUGUGGCUGUCUGUGUGUAGUGUGUGCGAAGGGAGUCUAUUCCUGCUCACAUCUCAUUGGCUCAUUUAAUUUCUGAACAUCUUUCUUUUGUCAGUCACAGCAAAAAAUAAACAAAUACAGUGUUUAAAAGCGCUUUUCCUCAGACUGCACUCUUUAUUCGCAUUGGAUUGAUUUGUAGUCUAACUGAAAAUGGUUCGCACGUUCAUUCUGAUGUGUCUUCUGGUUGGUGGGAGAGCGUGUUUUUUAGUCAGUGAAGAUAUAGAGAAUCUAAAACGGUUUGAGUGACGAUCUGUUACUCUAAAAACUGGUCUCAAUGAACUACAGACAGAUCAGGAGAUACUGUGGAUGUUUAAUGAUGAAAGUCCAAUCUUAGCAAAGAUCAACAGAGAAACAAAUGAGACGUCAAUACCUGGAAAUGCUGAUGAGAGAUUCAGAGACAGACUGAAGCUGAACGAUACGACGGGAGAUCUCAUCAUCACACACAGCAAGAUCUCAGACUCUGGAGAUUAUAAGAUGAAGAUCAGAGACAACACAGAGACAAGACACAAGACAUUCAGAGUUCAUGUUUACGAGAUUAAUGUUCCAGAGGAGUUUCUGGUGGUGACGGAGGGACGAUCUGUUACUCUAAAAACUGGUCUCAAUGAACUACAGACAGAUCAUGAGAUACUGUGGAUGUUUAAUAAUGAAAGUAAAAUCUUAGCAAAGAUCAACAGAGAAACAAAUGAGACGUCAAUACCUGGAAAUGCUGAUGAGAGAUUCAGAGACAGACUGAAGCUGAACGAUACGACGGGAGAUCUCAUCAUCACACACAGCAAGACCUCAGACUCUGGAGAUUUUAAGAUGGAGAUCAGAGACAACACAGAGACAAGAUACAGGAGAUUCAGUGUUAUUGUCAGUGAGAUUGAUGUUCCAGAGGAGUUUCUGGUGGUGAAGGAGGGACGAUCUGUUACUUUUCAAACUGGUCUCUAUGAACUACAGACAGAUCAUGUGAUACUUUGGAUGUUUAAUGAUGAAAGUAAAAUCUUUGCAAAGAUCAACAGAGAAACAAAUGAGACGUCAAUACCUGGAAAUGCUGAUGAGAGAUUCAGAGACAGACUGAAGCUGAACGAUAAGACAGGAGAUCUCAUCAUCACACACAGCAAGAUCUCAGACGCUGGAGUAUAUAAGAUGGAGAUCAGAGACAGCACAGAUACAAGACACAGGAGAUUCAGUGUUCUUGUUUAUAUUGAGUAACUCAAGUCUUUUAAUGUCAUCAUUAUCUGAAUUUAAUGUCUGUUGAGAAUUAUAUGUUCUGAUAUAAUCACAAGAUUUAUUGUUAUGAACAAUUGUUUUCAUGCUUAUUUGUUGUUUUGCUCACAACAUCACCUGCUGUACAACAACGACAAUACAUCCAGUUAUUAAAAACUAUUAAACACACUGGAGAAACAAAA